AUGCAUGUUACCCACUAUGUCCUGUCUCCUUGCAUUUUUAGUAGUGGUGCCUCUGAUGUAGAAUUGGAUAAAGACUGCUGCCCGAUGAUCCAAGCCUUACUUGAUAAAUACGAUCACCAACACCAUCGCCUCACUAAACAAUCGCGGACCAAGCCCACGCCAACUACUAACACAAACGCCACAGUACCUAUGGGCGCAAAUCACCCUGGACGGAAGCAAUCUCUCGCCGCAGGCGGCCACCGGCUUCCAGUUAAUCAGUCAAACUCCAAUGUUAUAACAUCCCCAACGGCGAGUGGUACAGUUCAUACUGAUGUCUCAGAUGAGCAGCACGACACCAGUCUGGUUGGUGAAGAUGAGCUUGAGGAAGGCGAGAUUCGUGACGAUCCGACCGCUUCGGAGCACCAGGCUCAGAAGGUCAAGCUGCAGCUGCACCGUCAACAGCCCAAUGGCCGGUCCUCGCCAUGCCCUAGAGUACGUGUUGCCCCAAAUGUUUCUACUUCAGAUUCAUUAGAGCCAGAUCAUGAUCUCACUGCAGGUCUCUUGCCACUGCCAAAAAGGCUGGCGACAUCACGAUCAACUGCGAGUUCUCUCCUGCUUGAAGAAUCUUCUUUGAAAUCUGCUUCGGGGCCAUGUUCCGAUCGUAGUAGCGUUAAUCUAUCUCCAAUUCGGUGA